GGACAUUCUCUGAUAAAAAAAUCAUGUUGUUCGUGCGCUGCUCAACAUUGCAAAGGAUUGCUCUCGAACCAGGCACCAGCAGAGGACAGCUUCCAGGUUACCUGCGAUCUUCAGGAUGAUAUUUUUAGUUGUGGCCCUCACCUUGUUGGCUAUAACAAAAGAGACACACAGCUUGCAGGAUUAUAAUAUUGCCAGGGGCGGACAUGUUUGGCAAUCCUCAUUGUAUCAGAAAGCAGAUCCUCAAAGGGCCAUUGAUGGGAAUCGUGCAAGCCAUUGGAAACAUAAGUCUUGUACUCACACAAAGAGAGAUAUGAAACCAUGGUGGAGAUUGGACCUUCAGAAGAUGUACAAAAUAAACACUGUCACUAUUACAAACAGAAAAGAUUGUUGUCAUAAGCGGAUUAAUGGAGCGGAGAUCCGCAUUGGUGACUCCCUCAAUGACAAUGGCAAUGCUAAUCCUAGAUGUACAGUGAUCGUAUCCAUCCGGGCUGGUGUCUCCAAAACAUUUGCGUGCAACGGAAUGACAGGCCGCUAUGUUAACAUUGUGAUUCCUGGAAGGCAGGAAUACCUGACACUAUGUGAGGUGGAAGUAGAUGGGGAAGAGUUCAAUGACGAUUCCAGUGAGAUUGCUUGCUAAGUUAAGAGCGUUCAACAAGUCACUGUUUCAUUUAACUACAGCUAAUAAACCCAUGCUUAUUCUUUUUCUGCAAUGUUGAAUGAAGUUGUGCUUUGCAAUGAUAUAAGAGGAAUAAAGCUUAUUUAAAUUUUUUUUAAAUUGAAUACAUAUAAAUAUUCUUAGCUGACUAUCUUGCUAUUAAGUGCUUUUACUUCAAAUCAAUCAGGUUAAGAAUGGGUCAUAGCCCUUUGAUCAAAUGUAUGCAUGUAAACAGGACUUAUCAUAUUAGCUUGGAUUCCACUUUUGCCAAUAAAGUGCAUAAUU